CCAGGGCCGGAAGCGGACGAAGGCCGACCGGGGUCCCGGAUCCUGCCCGCCAUGGACGAGGCCGAUCGGCAGCUCCUGCGGCGGUGCCGGGUGCGACUGGUCCGCGAACUGCAGGUGGCUGAGCUCUGGGACGCGCUGCUUAACCGCGGGCUCUUCACGCCUGACAUGAUCGAAGACAUCCAGCGGGCAGGCUCUGGAUCUCGGCGGGAUCAGGCCAGGCAGCUGGUCACAGAUCUAGAGACUCGAGGGAGCCAGGCCCUUCCUUUGUUCAUCUCCUGCUUACAGGAUACAGGCCAGGACAUGCUGGCUUCAUUACUGAGCACGAGUUGCCAAGCAGCAAAGGAGCAUCUGGAUGUCAGACCCCUGGACCUCGUGCAUGGACCAAUGGGCCUCAACCCAGGUGAGCUGAGAGCGGUUAAGCAGGAUCCAUCGAGGUUGAACAUGCGACAUCUCCCUACAGUGGUGCUGGGACCUGACAAGCUCCGACCAGCUGAGCUCAGGCCAGAGGUUCUCAGACCAGAGGUGCCCAGGCCAGUGACCAUUGGCUCUGGAGGACUCCGUGAUGCCUGUGCUCUGAGACCGGGAGGAAACACUGAUUUGGCAUACGUCCUGGACGCCGACCCUUGUGGCUACUGCCUCAUUCUCAACAAUGUGAACUUCUGCCUCCAGUCGGGGCUUGGCACCCGCACUGGCUCCAAUAUUGACUGUGAAAAGUUGCAGCGACGUUUCCGAUUGCUGCAUUUCAUGGUGGAGGUGAAGUGUGACCUGACUGCCAAGGAAAUGUUCCUGGCCCUGGUGGAGCUGGCACAGCGGGACCAUGGUGCUCUGGACUGCUGUGUGGUGGUCAUCCUCUCCCACGGCUGUCAGGUCAGUCACCGCCAGUUCCCGGGGGCCGUCUAUGGCACGGAUGGAAAUUCUGUGUCCAUUGAGAGAAUUGUGAACAUCUUCAAUGGAACCGGCUGCCCAAGCUUGGGAGGGAAGCCCAAGCUCUUUUUCAUCCAGGCCUGUGGUGGGGAGCAGAAAGACCAUGGAUUUGAGGUGGCCUCUGCUUCCCCUAAAAACAGGGCCUCUGGCAGAAACCCCGAGUCAGAUGCCGCCCCGUUGCUGGAAGGCCUGGGGAACUCUGACCAGCCAGACGCCGUGGCUAGUUUGCCCACACCCAGUGAUAUCUUCGUGUCCUACUCCACCUUCCCAGGGUUUGUCUCCUGGAGGGAUACCAAGAGUGGUUCCUGGUACGUCAAGACUCUGGAUGCUGUCUUUGAGCAGUGGGCUGGCUCUGAAGACCUACAGACCCUCCUGCUCAGGGUCGCCAAUGCUGUUUCAGAGAAAGGGAUUUACAAACAGAUGCCAGGACCCCUGGACAUUAGGAGGAACCCUGGGGUGCGGUGUUUAAGAGCUCAUCUGCUAACCAAAAUGUCACAGUUCGAAUCCACCAGCCAGUCCUUGGAAACCUUAUGGGGCAGUUCUACUCUGUCCUGUAGGGUCGCUAUGAGAAUCGACUUGACGGCAACGGGUUUUGGUUUUGCGAUGUUAGGAUGAAGUCCUUGGGUGUGCAAAGUUACCUAAAGUUGGUUCAAACCCACCCAGCAGUGCUGCAGAAGAAAGGCCUGGUGAUCUGCUUCUGCAAAGAUUACAGCCAAGAUAACCCUAUUGUAGGGUAAUGCUAUUCAGCUGUAUGCAUCCCCUCCCUAAUGGAGUCAGCUUUGCUCUUCCCCAAAGCGUGCUGGGGAUGAAUUCGGGAUAGACUCAGGCUAAGGUACAAGGCCGGGAGGGGCGUGACUGGGCCAGCGGCCAAGGCUGAAGAAUGCCUUAGCAACAUGAAGGAAAACAUCUGGGCCUGGACGUGAAGUCCCUGGGAACACUGAGCGCCCAAGGACGUGGGAGAAAACGAUGAGCCUUGGUCCCAGCUGGAAUGGUAUGUAAGCUUGGGUCCCUUGCUGGUGGUUGCGGAAAAUACUCCAGCCGGCCACCACUGGAGAGCAGCUGCUUGCCCGUGUUAGUAAGUUUCCCUGAAUAAACGUUUGAAUCUGGAAA